AUGGUCAACAUUAACCGAGGACCGGCUGGCAACGGAAACGAUAAGCAGCAUAGUGGUGUAAAUUCCGGUACACCAACGUAUCCGCAGUAUUUGCACGAACUGCCCCAAGCGGACGAGGAGCGGCUAGAGAAAAUCUUCAAAAAGCUCGAUCGUGACGGGAACGAUCGAAUCGAUAUUCAUGAUCUGUCAGCGGCGUUGAAGGAGUUUGGCCUAUCGCACCAGUACGCCGAGGAAUACGGUCAUUCGUUGUUCUUUCAGCGCUUCCUAAAGCAAUCGGAUCAAAAUCAGAGCGGCGAUGUCGGACUGGCGGAGUUUAUACAUUACGUGCGAGAGCACGAAAAAAAUCUACGCUUACAGUUUACACACCUGGACAAGAACCAGGACGGUAAGGUCGACCUGGAGGAGCUGAUAACGGCUUUCAAGGAGCUCGGCAUCGAGAUGGAUCGACACGAGGCGGCAAAGUUACUUAAGCGCAUGGAUAAGGAUGGCAGCCUGAACAUUAGUUACGACGAGUGGAGAGACUUCCUACUACUGGCACCAUCUUCGGAUAUACACGAACUGGUGAAAUACUGGCGGCAUUCGACUAAUCUCAGGUACAAUGAAGCGUACCUGAUGGCUAUUGGUCGGUACAGUGCCGUUACGAACGAUGUUCCAACGUCGGACGAACCGACACCGGACAGCAACUUACAUCCGGUGCUCAGCCUGAUCGAUGUCGAACAGGCGAUCGAGCACGUAACGGACCUGCUUUUGAACCCACCGACGAAUCUCUCCUACAACUCCUCCACCAACAAUGGCGGCGUGUCCUCGCACCUGCUGGUGGAUGGUAAGUACUUGGAUAUCGGUGAGGAUCUAAAUGUACCUGAUGACUUCACACAGAGCGAAAUGCAAACCGGUAUGUGGUGGCGCCAUCUGGCGGCCGGUGGAAUUGCUGGUGCAGUGUCGCGAACAUGCACGGCCCCGCUGGAUAGAUUGAAAGUGUUCCUGCAGGUUCAAUCAUCCAAACAGAGAAUCUCAGAUUGUCUUCAGUACAUGCUGAAGGAGGGUGGUGUGCGGAGCCUCUGGCGUGGCAAUUUCAUCAACGUGCUAAAGAUCGCCCCCGAAAGCGCCAUCAAGUUUGCGGCGUACGAACAAGUGAAACGGUUGAUCCGUGGUAACGACAAGCGCCAGAUGACGAUCUACGAGCGGUUCGUGGCGGGUGCGUGUGCGGGUGGCGUCAGCCAGACGGCAAUCUAUCCGAUGGAAGUAUUAAAAACACGACUAGCGUUAAGAAAGACGGGCGAGUACAGCAGCAUCCUGGAUGCGGCAUCGAAGAUCUACCGAAGGGAGGGACUACGCUCGUUCUACCGCGGCUACAUUCCAAACAUGCUCGGCAUCAUCCCGUACGCCGGUAUCGAUCUGGCGGUGUACGAAACGCUAAAGAAGAAGUACCUUAGCCACCAUGAGACGGAACAGCCGAGUUUCUGGCUGUUGCUUGCUUGUGGCAGUGCAUCCAGUACGCUCGGACAGGUGUGUUCGUAUCCGUUGGCGUUGGUGCGAACUCGAUUACAAGCGCAAGCGGUUACAAUCGGUCCAAAUCCCGACGGUAGCGUAGCGGUGGAACCGAACAUGACGAAUGUAUUUAAGCGAAUAAUACAAACGGAAGGUCCGGUUGGUCUGUACCGUGGAAUCACACCAAACUUCAUCAAAGUAUUACCGGCCGUCUCGAUCAGCUACGUUGUGUACGAGUAUACGAGCCGUGCGCUCGGCGUUAACAUGACGUGAUCUGUUCCAGCAGUGCACGAACAUCAGAUUGCUGGUGGCUCCGCUUACGAGGCAUC